AUGCCUUACAAAGACCAAGUUGUCAUCAAUCUCCCUUCCAAUGACCUCGAAGCCUCUACUCGCUUCGCUACCGGCCUUGGCCUCACCAACUCCACAGAGGCUGGGUUCGGAGCCAUGUUUCGAUAUGGCGAGCACGUUAUGGUCUUCUUUCACGACCACAAGACGUUCAGUUCCUGGCUCCCCGCAGACCGCAAGAUCCCCGAUGCGACAGCAGUGACUCAAUCUAUUGUCUCCCUCACUGCUCCUACUCGCGAAAAAGUGGACGAAAUGAUCGAAGGAGCUAUCAACGCCGGGGGCAAACUUGGACCGAAAAUGGUGCCGAAUGAAGCCGAGUAUGGCAUGUAUUCGAGGAGCGUGGAAGAUCCGAAUGGGCAUCUCUUUGAGGUGUACUUUCACGAACAGGGUCCCAAUUCAAGUUGUUAG